AUGCAGUUCAAGCCCUCGUUCAGAAUUAGCCUGAUGGAGAGGAAAUCAGCCACAGUGGAGUACAUGGACGACUUCUACAGCUUUUCCCACAGCCGCCACAUGCAGAUUCAGAAGGACAGGCUCAGCAUCCAGUGGAUCAAGAGAGACCACCAAACGAAUUUACCAACACGACUUAGGGGAGGACAGGGGUGGGUGCUGGUGCAGGACAGACAUCAGUAUGACUGCCUGACCUACAGCUGCCUCUACUUCCCGCCAAGCCACCCGGACGACCUCAUUAGGCCAGGCCUCUUCCAAGGCAAAUAUGAUCCCUACGGCCUAACGAUUGCCAUGCUCAGCUUCCAUGGGAAGCAUGCCAGGGUCACGAAGAUCACGGGAGACUCCAUCGGGACAUUAGAGAUCCACCUCAUGCGGGGCAUCCAGCUGCCAGAUGGCGCAUUCUUCGGCAACUUCAACGAGCUCUCCCGCGUGGUCCAGGAGAUUGACGAGCAGGUGAUCCGGGAGCAGCAGCAAGAAGACAGGACUGAGGAAAGCGAGGGCCAUGGCUGGCAGAGCCCUGCCCAGCCCAGCGUCGGGGAGUCCGGGGCUGCAGCUUCGGAGGAGCAGCCUGUCCCGUUUGUUCUGCCUGUGGGUGUGCGCUCAAUACACCAGAACUACCCCCGAACCUGCAGGAUGUGUUUCUAUGGCGUGCACAUUGUUACCUUACAUGGCUUCGCCUACACCAGGCGCUGCCCUGGGGUCUUCAUCCUGUUCAAUGAGAACCACUUCGGGUUCCUCUGGCUGGAGGAGAAAUACUUCUUCCGGUAUGGCAGAGUCCAGGACACCUUCCAGAAUGUGGAGGCACCAUCCCCGCAGGCCUUCCUGGAGAUGCUCCAGAACAUUCAGUCCUGACCCCCUGGGAGGAGCAGCUUGCAUGCACUUUGAAGAUUUGUCCUUCUGACCAGA